AUGAAUAGUCGACAUCUAGGUAAAGUUUGGAGAGUCGCCAACGAUAUUGAAGAUAGCUCUGAUGAAGAUACCAGUAUGCCGAUCAUUUGUAGUAACCUGGAUUCCUGGAUCGCAAGUUACCACGAAGACAGUCAUAUGAGGUUAUCCCUCAGGACUUCCUCUGUUCUGGUCGAUGGGGCCGCCAAACUCUACAAGAGGAAAUUGAAUCAAUUAUAUGAAGAUGUAACUCAAUUAGACUAUGAAUUGAUAUUUCGUAAGAGGAUGCGUCGAAACUCUUCCGGAUGGAUGGACAGAUUCCAUGAUGCUAUCUCAAGCACAUUCACUGAAAGCACUCAAGAAGUUUCCGAAAGCGCACAUGAUAAGCAAACUGACGAAGAUACGAUUACUACACACGAUGCCAGCGACAAACGCAGCGGCAGCUGUGAGAAUCCUAGUAACAGACAGGAACCUAAAAACCGUUCAAGAGUCGACAAAUCCAUUCAGGUAUCACCAGGAAGAGAACCUUCGUUCAACGAAGAACUGCCAUUCGGACACAUUAUGGUGUACGAUAACUACAAAGAUAGAAUACCCAGUCGCAUAAUAUUCUCUUCUCUUAACUACAAUGUCAGUAAACUUGCUUGA